CACCCUCGACGUUUCCCCUAAUCCUAGUUAACGCACCCCGAAAAAGGGAAAUGUUAUUAUUUAGGUCCAACCCUCUCAAUACGCUUUUUAGUGUUGGAGUCCAUAAUUAUUGUAGUAGUCACACCCAAAAAAUAAUUUUAAAUAGUAAGAAAAUGCUGUAAGUUUAGUAAUGUGCUAAGCUUAAAACUAGUUUGUUUACAUUGAGUAAUAUCAAUACCAUAACCACAUAGGUACCUAACCGUGUCAGGUGUUGUGUUACAUAAAACAAUCCUGUAUCAACUUUACUGGAGGGUUGGCAGCUCUUGCGCUUUAGUUGUUUUAUGUAUACAUUCGCGUUACCUGAUGCGUUUUGUAUUGUUUAUAAAUCAACAUCUAUAUAAGUAGAUGAAUACAUUGAAAAGCCAGUAUCAUAAAAUUUGCUACAUAAUUUUUGUAAUGAGUACAACUGUACAAGUUAUCAAGCUGGCUUACUAAAUAACGGCAUGACAAAAAAGAAACUUGCCUGGCGCAGAGUAAUAAUUAUGGAAUUAUUGUUCUUAUUCGACCAAAGAGAACUUAUCACAAAUGCAUUGUGAAUUUCCAAGAUCAACACUUCUUAUUUAUUAUAUACCUUUAUUGUGAUGAUUGUGGUCUUCAAUUUGACCCCGAUAGCUGCCAUCUGUUGAGCCUUCUUAAGGGUUUUAAGGACAUGCUGGCCAUGCAGCCCACCAUAUUAUUCCCACGCAGUUCCUCAUGUGAUAGGACUGGUUCGGCGUGCGGGAAGGGUGAGCGGGUGACUGACCCCGUGUCUACAGGGUUAAAAAUAACCUCGUGCAGUGGCGGACAUUCAUUCUGCUCGCAUGUGUCGAAUUCACUAAACAGACAACUGUUUCAUGGUCGCACCCUGACCUGAUAAUUCUUGGAACAUUAAAUACUCGAACGCUUCUUGGAGAAUAAUCUCUUUUUUACCGAUUGUGAUAUUUUUAUUUUUACUGACAUAAUUGCGGUCGGUUUUAUUAGUGCUUUGUAAAAAAGAAUAAUAUUUUGGCUCCCAAUUCAUAGUUCAAUAAACUUUACCCAUAUACAAUAUGAAGGGAUCAUUGAUAACUGAUAAGUGCCGGAUAUUUGUAAAGGUUUCUUUAUCACUCUGUUUACUCAAGUAUAAUUUCUAGGAAAUAUUAUCAGUAUGACGUCAUCGCAACUGUUGCAUCCAGAACUAAAGUAACUUUUACUCCAUUGUCCUAUUUUAGUCGAGAAAUACGUGUAUACUUCAAAAGGAUUUAUACUAUAAAUCAUGAUUUUAAUCAUUACAAUACGACAUUGUUUUACAAUACGAAUUUGGUCUGAAGUUUUUCACUAACCGGCAAAAGCGGUUGGGGCACGUUCUCCACUUGCAUUAUUAAGCUCGACCCAUAAAAAGCUAACCACCAUUAAGUAACGAUACGUUCUCAACUUUGAUACGAUCGUAUUAAGAACCAUUUUGCGUUUUAUCAGUUGUUUAUUUUGCCCUCUUUGGUAACGAUUGCUCGUUGCUUUUGUGUGUCUGGUGGGCAUAAGUGUGACGGGCUGGAUCCUUUUGCGUCUAUAUAGAUAUAGUCAUAAUUAACUCAGCGGUACCUGAGUUAAAGAAGGCGAUACACACGUGGUGUUUUAUUUGAAGUAAACUUGUAAAAAUACUUUAAAAUAUCUUAAACUUUAAAGCUUAACUGACAAUGACUAAUGUAUGCAUUGUGUGAUGAGUGUAAAAUAUUUACUAACAUAACAAGGUCAAAGCUUAAAAGUAAGUAUUAAAAUAUUUUUGAAGAGAUACCCAGCAGUUGGAAGCAUAUAUUUCAGCAUAAGCACAAAUGUCGCAAAUUACAUAAUUUGUUCGAUAUGAUUGUAUAAGAAUAUAAUUCGUAUCUUUGUGAUUUGGUUAGAUAACACUAAGUCGUAUAAACUCUGCAGAUAUAAAAUUUUGUAUUGGUAAUCGCCCCGUGUGAGACCGGCAUAAAACCGUGUGCUGGUGCGGCGCGCCAACCGGCAGCCGGUAUCGCUUGUAACUUAACCUCAAACUGACACAGUCGUGAACGGUGCUUCAUAUUACAACAGUUUAUUUGUGUUCAAAUCUUACGCACAGACGUUUAUAUCUUACUAAUUAAUUUAUUAAUUUAAUCGUUUUGCUUAAAAGAUAGUGGAUUUUUACCUGUUCAUAUCAUAUAGCAACGGAAGUAUUAUAGUGUUAAUAAAUCAAUACACCCAGUGCAACAACACAAGUCUUCAUCGCCGUAUAAUGAUAAAUAAGUUCGUGUGAACGUGAACAGAUAGUUUUAAAUGUAAUCUUGAGAUAAAUGUGACUUUUGGAUAAGUUAGUGAGUGUAUACGUCGACGAUUCGAAAGUGUAGCGUCGUUUGUGUUUUUUUUUUGCCGUCCUCAACUGACAAAGAGUAUUCGAAUGCUUUCAAGAUGGAAAACCGUGCAGUAGUUAAUGGCAAUGGGCCUCAAACAAAGUUAACAAGGUGUUCUAGCAGCGUAGGAGAUAGUGGUACAGAUAAAACAAAAGUCGGUUGGACGAGCCCACGUGAUAUCUGGAGGAAUUUAUCAUUGCGCAGGAAAGCCGAGUUACAAAGUAAACGCGAAUUGUUCUUCAAGUCCGACUCGGUGAGUGGUGGCGGCGUGAGUGCGACGGGCCCGCCGAUAGGAGCGCCGCCCGCGCCGCCCUCCGUGCUCAAGGACGCGCUCGCCAAGCGCGCGACCACGCUGCCCGACCAGCUUGAGAACAACCACCAUGAGUCAAACGGUACAGUCAACAAGCUCAGCAACAGUGUCUCAGUCGAUGCCUCCAAGCCGCCGAACUCGGCGCCACCGCCGACCCCGGCGCCGCCCGUGCCCACGUCAGCACCCCCUGCUGCGCCCCCGCCUCUCAGGAGUACAGAAAACAUUAUCAAGAAGCCUGAUCACCCACCAGUCGCACCAAAACCAGAAUUACCUAAAUUAGAAAAGCCAAAAACCAAAGAACUAGAUGGAUAUGUUGGAUUUGCAAACCUACCAAACCAAGUAUACCGAAAGGCAGUGAAAAAAGGAUUUGAAUUCACACUAAUGGUUGUAGGUGAAACAGGAUUAGGGAAGUCAACGCUGAUAAACUCACUGUUUCUGACGGACGUGUACGACCGGGAUAAACACCCGGGCCCAUCGCUACGUGUAAAGAAGACAGUUGGUGUCGAGACAAGCGUUGUGAUACUCAAGGAGAACGGAGUCAACCUCACAUUAACGAUCGUCGACACACCCGGCUUCGGCGAUGCAGUCGACAACAGCAAUUGUUGGCAACCUAUCAUCGACUUCGUUGAGUCGAAGUAUGAAGAGUUCCUAAACGCGGAAUCUCGGGUGACCCGCAAAGCGGCGCCGCCGGACACCCGCGUGCAUUGCUGCCUGUACUUCAUCGCACCCAGCGGACACGGCCUCAAGCCCCUCGACGUCGAGUUCAUGCAGCGGCUCGGAGACAAAGUCAACAUCAUACCAGUCAUCGCCAAGGCCGACACUAUGACCCCGGAAGAGUGCAAAGAUUUUAAAGAACAGAUAAUGAAAGAAAUAAGUCAACACAAGAUCAAGAUCUACGACUUCCCGGAGAGCACGGGCGAGGAGGGCGAGGCGGCGGAGGCGGCCCGCGGGCUGCGCACGCGCGUGCCCUUCGCCGUGGUGGGCGCCAACACCGUCAUCGAGACCGACGGCAAGCGCGUGCGCGGCAGGAAGUACCCCUGGGGCAUCGCUGAGGUUGAAAACUUGGAGCACUGCGACUUUUUGGCCCUGCGGAACAUGGUGAUAAGGACGCACCUUCAGGACUUGAAGGACGUGACCAGCUCUGUGCACUACGAGAACUACCGCUGCCGCAAGCUUGCCGGCCUCUCACACGACGGCAAGCCGCACAGGAUCAACUCCAACAAGAAUCCUUUGGCUCAAAUGGAAGAAGAAAAGCGAGAACAUGAUCUUAAGAUGAAGAAAAUGGAAAGCGAAAUGGAACAGGUGUUCGAGAUGAAGGUCCGCGAGAAGCGCGCCAAGCUGAAGGAGUCGGAGGCGGAGCUGGCGCGGCGGCACGAGGCCACGCGACGCGCGCUCGAGGCGCAGGCGCGCGAGCUGGACGAGCGCCAGCGCGCGCUGCACGCCGACAAGCUCGCCUGGGAGCGCGACACCGGACUCUCGCUCGACGACCUGCGCCGCCGCUCGCUCGAGGCCAACAGCAAGGAGACUGUCGAUGGCAAGGAAAAGAAGGACAAGAAAAAGAAAGGUUUGUUUUAAACUCGACUACAGUCUCGUCGGCCUCGCACCCACCGUUACUCACGCGUGACUAACUCGCGGCGCGGUCGCCGCAGCAUCAUCGAUCGAGUGUCCGUUGUCACGGCCGACACUCAGCUUAAGAUAAUAACAAAUUUUGGUAUCGAUUCAACUGAGGUCCGAGUACAAAAAGAGGUUUGAUUCCUAGAAUAGCGUUUUAAAUUUUAAAAUUACGGAAUACACAUGCCUAGGCAUGCAGCCUUUUAUUCGGCAAUACCGAAUUAUCCGAGUAGCUUCGAUCGAUGAUUUUCUAGUGCAUAACUAUAAUGCUAUAUGAGAUUUUGACCGCAUUCUUAAAGCGUGGUCGUCUAUUGGAUAACAAGUCAUACUCGAUGAAAUUAUUUUAAAAUGUCUGUUUACUGUGACUUUUCCAACAUAAUACCUGUAUAAUGUAUUUUAACUCUAUUCACUUAAUAAAAUAGAUCAUACGUUCUGAAUCUUCUAGAAUUGACAAAACAUUAGUUUAUUGCGACUGUACAUAUCGUGAUCUGAACUGUUUUAAAAACAUAGAUUUCAUGAUAAACCAUUGUUUUGAAAUAAACAGGACUUGUCCUCGGCUACUUCUAUUUGUCAACCUAACCUUGGGUUAUAAAGUGCCAUUUUCAGUGUUGUGACAUGUAACUUUUAUGUCAUCAACACCAUAUUUUUCAAUAAAAUUGCUUUUUGUCUUCUGUCUAGCAAUGUGUGUUCACAUUAAGUGUUAGCUUCACCGUUUACCGUACUUCAAACUUGUACUUUUGUAUAUUGAAGUCUCUGUGACUAAAUCACUGUAUUGGUGAAUGUUUUGUUAGCAUUUCUAGGUUGAAAGGACAGUACAUUUUCCUUUUUCCUAUGAUUACUUGUUAUCAGAAAAUUCAUCGACUUUGAUUGAUUAAAACACCAAGUGAUUAAAAAGGGCCUGUAACUGAGCCUAGGUAUUUCACAAGAAAUUGUUUGAUGUAUGCCAAAAAUAUUGUAUUUUACUAUAUUCUCGUAAUUCUACUUCACAUAUUGAGAUUUUUUACGUCAUUUGCAGAUUGGUCUUUUAAGAGUGUUGCAACUGGAAUAGUAAUAUAAUGAGGACCACGGUCCGCACACGGCGCACUUAACUAAUUAGUAACUUAUAGUUGUAUGACGUAGCAUAAUGAGACAACGAUUAAUGAAGACUACAGGAUCUUAUAACAUUGUAACUGACGUGCGUUGAGGAUGUCAAUACAAAAUUAAACGAGUCUACAUUGUAUGAGAUUACUUUUGUAUGUAUUUUAUUUAUAAGAUUUUUCCAUGACAAAGCAUUUAUUAUGAUAAGUGAGGCCUAAUUUUAUACUUCUUGUGUUUCCAAAGGAUUUUGUAAAACAUAUUUUAUAUGAUUAUUUAUUUAUUUGAAACUGUUUAGCUGUCAGCAGCGUCGGAUGUAGCACAAACAAUAUUACAGCUUAGUACUAGACAUUUACGUCCAUAAAGAUGCCAAAUAGCUUAUAAUAAUGGUAUACUUUAAUCGAAGACGAAUGUCAAAUUCUUUGUAUUUGUAUUUAUAUUAUUAUGUUUACUAACACUAGAUAGACAACUAAAUCAGUUACGUGAUAGAUUCAGCUCAAAACCUGGGUAAAGUUAAACAUAGGCACUAAUUCUUUACUGAUAAAUAUAGCAUAAUAUUACAAUACACGAUUAUUGCUUUUAUUUAUUGUUAUAUUUAUAAGUAGAGAGGGAUUACCUUAGAGUUCAUCUUAGAUAAUACACUAUUCUAAAUUUAAAAGUGAAUUAGAUAUGAAAUAUUUUUUACUUCUAUAUAAUAAAAUGUAAUAAGAUUUGGGCUUGAUCGAUGCAUUCAUGAACCUUGGCUGAGGUUUGAUUCGGCGUUUGUUAUAACUAUACAAAGUUAUAUUGUGCUUAGUGAUAUUAACAUAUGCUCAUAGUUCAGUUGUGAAAUAGAAUCUAGCUCUAGCUAGUUGUUAGCGUUUCUUUAUAGUAACGUGUAAGGGAAUGAUGUAAGGAUCUCUCACCAACAAUGUUGACGAGCGCAUGGAGCAGUCUAGUAUUAUACCUAUUCAUUAUGUUGUCAAACUUUCAUAUACUUCUUUGAUCGACUUCAAUACAUGCUAUAAAGUUACUGUUGUUUUAAUAAUCUUCUUAAGUCUUAUAUUCAACAAUAUAUCGCUUAUCAGUCUUAUAUUAGGUUAUGUAAAUAUUUUGUUAGUCAUUACUAUAUAUACUAAUACGGAUAAAUAUAUAUUAUCAUUUGUCAGGUUAUGUUACUAGAUGACACGUAAUUUAUGAGACAUGCAUAAUCUUUAUUUAAUCAGCAUGCCAUGUUUAAAUAAUUUUGUAUUAUUUUCUCCACUACAGUAUUGACUUCCGCGUUAAAUUUAGUACUUUAGGUGAUAAGAUUAUGCUUAAUUUUGUAUUUUGUGUAGGGUUUCGGCCCACUACCAUACAGAUCAUUUGCUUAGUCAUUACGAUGGACUUGUGAUGUGUGUUGGGAGACGAAGGAAGUUCAGACGAUGUAAUAUAUUGUACCUUUAAAUAAAUAUAAAUAAAUACGUAAUAUAUAGGA